CUCGUCGACCCGCCAAACGCCCUCGACGACGCACGCGACGACAAAUGUGCACCUAUGGCACCGCAGUAUUCGGUCAGACACCUCUUGCGCCUUGACGACUCUGCGCUUGUCCGACACAUAGCAGAUAACCGGGAUGCUCGAGACAUAUUCGAUGUCACAAACAUCGGCGACUGGGACGACGUAUCUGAGGCCCAGCAGACGAAACUCCUUGAGAGGUUAAUGUCCCUCGGCCCGCGGGCCAAAGCCGCGCCGCAGCCCCUCGAUUUCGGCCAGCUUUUCGCAAAGCUCAAUGGCGUACGCUCAGAAGGAGAAACGUCGCAAGAACACGUUUCCUCGUCACCACGCCUUGCAAGGUCACCAUCGCUGUCGCCCCAGCCUGGCGUGGGUAAGGAGCACCAGAUCCGGUGUUACUACGAACUUAUUGACGAUGGCGGCCGGCCGCCUUGUUCGUUGGAGACCCUGGACAAGAUCUACGAGAGCCCUGCAGACUAUGUGGAGAUGCUGAGACCGUGGCUGGGAAAUCUGACUUUCCCUCUGAAUCCGGAUGAUUUGGGCGUCUUUUCGCGUCCGCUUGAGCGCUGGAGGGAGUUUCGGAGAUGGCAGGGCAAUAACCGCGGAGUGGACAUGACGGGUGACGAAAACUUGGCGGCUUUUCGGGACGAGAAACGGCGCUACUUCGAAUCUACUGGGCUUGGUAAGAUGACGACCGCGCCGUACUUCGACGAGACUAUCUACCAGAUGUGGCAGCAGGAACAACUCCGCCGCCAGCGGAAGCAGGAUAGCUUUGGGGAGGUCUGCGGCGGGACCUUCGACGAAUAUGUUGAGGCUGCGCGUCGCCGCCUGGGUGGUCACAGUUUUACUGAGGCCUUUGAUCUCCUCGAAGACCCGAAGCAGCAGAGCGAGCGAGUGACGUGGAUCGAAUACCUCGAGUUCGAGUACUGGUGCCUCGACAGGUGCACCACAUCUGAGACCCAACGUCAUUAUGAGGUUAAUCCCAAGCCGCUGAGCGACCCACACCGACGUGGCUCGCAAAGUGUAUCACGCAAUAAGCUCACCAACCAAGUCAUGCGAAAAACAGCAGCGCAUCGAGACGCAAAGGCAGACGAAUCUCGCCAGCUUCUCCGGACGCAAUGGGCUCUAAGUCAGAUGCCUACGGAAGAGCUGGACGCGCCUCCAGCUAAUCCAGUUAAGAGGUCUAGGAAGCGAGGACGCCAGGUCGAUGACGAGGCUGUGGAGGAACCCACAGAGCAGCCCAUGAUGAAGAAGCAAAAGAAGCAGCAGCAACAGCAACAGUGCAAGGAGAGCGGUACACGACGGAAGGCAACACUGCAGAAAACAACAUCGCGGGACGCAAAGACGAACACAAGGUCACAGAAUCCCAGCAGCCUUCGACGCAGCGCUCGCAUUAGGAAAUUGCAAGCGGCCGCGUCAAAGUCUUUGGAAACUUCGAACGGGUGCGGAAGAUGAAUAGACAGUAUAAUAGAAGUCGCUUGUCAGUACAACGUACAUGCUACGGAAACUUGUCCUUCUCCAUUCGCUUGGGGGUUAGUCAAUUGAUAGAACGACCCUUAAUAUCGGUUGAGGCUAUGACCUGCCAGCCCCCCCAAAAAUAACAUUC